GCAAAUUAGGAAAGAAAUUCGGCUAAAAUGCUAAAAUUUACAUUAUUUUUAAUAAGUGUAGUUUUUUUCAACUGCAUUUUUGCGGCGCCUCUAAAUAAACAAGGAAAUGGAUGCAAACAAGGUUGCCCAUCAACAAGCAAAGGAAGCAAAUUAAAAUAUCAACCCGGCCAAGUGUAUAGUUAUAAUUUCGAAAGUACAGUAUCAAUUUCACUAACUGGAAAUGAUCCCCAAGAUAUUCAGUUGCAAGUUCAGGGUACAGCUCAUGUGCACGGCUAUUCAAAUUGCCAAUAUGGUUUGGAUUUGCAUGAUGUGACAUUGAUUGGACCGGAUAAGGGCAAGACUAAGUUCAAUAGCAAAUUACAAUUAUCGAAAAUCGUCCAAUUCACAUUGUCCGACGAUAAAUUGGAAUCGGAAAUUUGCGCCAGCCCAGACGAUUCCGAUGUUUCGUUGAACAUUAAACGAGCAUUGAUUUCAUUGUUGCAAUUGAACGAUGGAGCCGCUGAAGAGGUCGAUAUUUUCGGUAAAUGUCAAACAAACUAUGCCGUCACAAAGAACGAUGAUGGUUCAUAUGUUGUUACCAAAACUCGUGACUUGAACGAAUGCAGUCACCGUGAAAACUUUGUCAGUGGUAUUAUUACUGGUGUUUUCAAUGAAAACAGCAACAUAAAAUCGACCCCAUUAUUGACCGGCGAUUUUACCAAUGAAGUUCGUGUCAAUCGCAAUGGCAUCGUUGAAUCGGCUCAAGUUGUUGAAGAUUAUGUGUUGGUGCCGUUUUCAAAUGGUGAGGCCGGUGUUCGUGCACGUGUUGUCACAUCAUUCCGAUUGAAAGACCAAAAACCAAAUGGCGGUGAAACACUAUCGGUUUCAGUGCCACGUUCGUUGAUCUAUGAAAGCGUUAAAAAACCACAAGCCGUUAACUACAAAACCGCAAAAGAAUCGCUUUUUGGCAUUUGCAAAACAUAUGAACUACGUAAAAACACUGUUGGUGCUCAAGUUGCUGGCCAAUUCACCGAAACCAUUCGUUUGUUGCGCUACUUGAAAAAGGAUGACAUUUUACUAUUGCAUAAAGAUGCAAGCAAUCCAAUUUGUCGCAAAGUAUUUUUGGAUGCUGUUUUCCGUGUUGCCAGCGCUGAGUCGAUCAAUGCAAUCGCAUCGCUAUUGGAAAAUAAUAAAAUUCAUGAAAAACGUUUGGCCUAUCUUUCAUUCAAUUUGGCUACAUCGGUUAACAAGGAAACUAUCAACAUUUUAACGAAAUUGCUCGAAAAGGACGUUCUAAAAGAAGGUUAUUUGAGCAUUGGAAACUUGGUCAAAAAAUACAUACAAGAUGGUAACGAAAAUGAUGCUGAUCUCGUGAAAUUACUUGAUAAAUUGGCCGACAAAUUGGGUAACUGCAAAAGCGCAAAACGUCACCAAGAAGAUAUGAUUGUUGCCAUUUUGAAGGGAUUACGUGGUGCUAAAGGUAUCACUGGAUCACUUUUGGAUAAACUGGUGAAAUGUGCAAGUGAAGGUAAUGCCGGACGUGUUCGUGCCGCUGCCAUUCAAGCAUUUGCAUCGGCCUCAUGCGACAACAAAAUCCAAUCGGCUGCAUUGAAUCUCUUGAAAAAUCGUAAAGACGAUUCGGAAUUCCGUAUUGAAGCAUAUUUAGCUUUGGUCGAUUGUUCAUCACCAGAAAUUGCCGAUGAAGUUUCAAAAUUAUUGGAUGACGAACCUGUUUAUCAAGUUGGCUCAUUCAUUGUUUCGCAUUUGAAAAAUUUGCGCGCAUCAACCGAUUUGUACCGAGAAAAGGCCCGUAAAGAUUUUGCUGAUGUUACUGCAUCACAGAAAUUCCCAAAUGACAUUCGUAAAUUCUCAUUCAAUCAUGAAUUCUCCUAUGAAUUUGGAUCGCUUGGUUUGGGUGGUAGCAUUGACAGCAACGUAAUUUACUCGCAAAAAUCAUUCACACCACGUUCACUUCGCACCAAUUUAACCGGUGAAUUGUUCGGCACAAGUUUCAACAUUUUCGAACUGAGCGGACGUCAAGAGAACUUCGAUUUGGUGUUGGAGCGUUAUUUCGGUCCCCAAGGAUAUUUCAAAACAUUGAAUAAACAGGAGGCUUUAUCAAAAAUCCAUGACUACGUUACUGGUGGAGCAUAUCGUCCCAAACGUAGUAUUGCCCAAGAUGCGGACAAUUUCGGAAAAGAUUAUGUCGGUUCAUCGGGUCGCGAUGUUGAUUUUGAUUUUUCGGUGAAAAUGUUCGGUUCGGAAUUGUAUUUCUUAAGUUUGGGUGACAAUCUACCAUCAGAGAGCAAAGAUUUCACAAAAGAAUUCGGUCGCUUAUUGCAAAACUUCUUGAAAGAUACCAAAGAACGCAAAAAGAAACAAUAUGAAGUUCACGCGUUGUUCCUUGAUGCUGAAUUCUCUUACCCAACCAGUUCCGGGUUUCCAUUGAAGAUUCAAUCACAAGGUGCGGGUGCGUUCCGUUUGGAAGCUUCACUCAAGGCUGACAUUAAGGACAUUCAAGCCAAUCCAAAGAACACGAAAUUCGCGGUCAGCGUUUCGCCAAGUUACAACGUUCAAUUGACUGGAAUUAUUAGCGUUGAUGGUUAUGAAAUAACGACCGGUGUCAAUGUUACCAGCAAUGUGCACAGUGCUACUGGUGCCCAAUUGUCAUUCGAGCUAUUGAACCAAGGCAAAGGCGUUGAUGUUAAAGUUGAUUUUCCACUUAAAAAACAAGAAAUUCUCAGUUUUACCCAUGAUAUCGUUUUUAUCCAACAAAACUUGGGCCAUCCAAGCAUUACACACAAUUUGAAAUCGGCACAAAAGAAAGAUGUUAGCAAUAACGAAGAUUGUUUCGAUCAAUUCCAAAAAUAUUUGGGUGUAACCGUUUGCUAUGAAUUGAAAUACAAAAAAGGCGAAAAAUUGGCAAACAGUCGUUUGUUCCCAUUGAAUGGGCCAGUUCAUGCAUCGGCUUAUAUUGAAAUUGAAAAACAAUACCAUUUUAAUGCCGCAUAUGACGAUUCAGUUCAACAAAAACGGACAUUAGAAUUGGUGUUCGAUACACCCGAAUCAGUAGACAAACGUAAAGUAUCGGUUAAAUUCGAAGGUGCCAUUCAACCAAAGGCAUACCUAAGCGCAGAAAUUGUAUCACCGUACAAAUCGGUAAAGGCUGAAAUCGGUGUCAAUAAUGACGACAAAGAAUUGACCAUCUAUGGACAAGCCAAGAGUGAUGCCUUGCAAUAUUUGUUGAAAUUCGGUUUCAGAAAGAGUGGAUCAGGUACACGUCGUGAAUACACACCAAUCAUUGAAUACAACAAUCCAGAAGCAAUUCCAUACAAAGUGAGCGGAAAACUAAUUGUCGAUUCAUCACAACCACCGAAGAUGCGAUACAAUUUCGAAAAAUUGACCAUUGAGCCAGCACAAAGUGAUGGAAAAUUUGGUCCAUUGGUGUUUGAUGGAUGGUUUGAACAUGAGAAACUUGAACAUUUUGAAACAGCUAUGGAUGUUAAAUACAAGGAUAAUACGGCCAAUAUUAAAGGUAACGUUAUUGCGAAAAACCAAGAAUUGGAUUUGGAUUUAUCACUUUUGAGUGAUGUUGCUGAAUUUGCCAACGGUCGUGUGAAAUUCCAUUACAAACGUGGUCAAAAACAAUGCAAAAACUCAUUUGUAUUUGUGUAUGGCCGUGACUUGGAAUCGACAACCAAACGCAUUGAAUUAACCACCGACUAUGAAUUCGAGAAAAAGGACGAUAAAUACGUUAGCAUUGCUGGCAAAAACACGCUCAUCAUAUCACCAAUCCCAAUCAAACUUGUGCUUAACGGUGGAUACCGUGCGGGACAUUUUGACUAUGAAUUUAUUGGUGGCUAUGCCAAGAGUGAAGUAGCAUCAAAAUUGAAUGCUGAUGUAAACAAGAAGAGCAAAGGCGAUUGGAAUAUUAAAAUCAAUGGAGCUGUGAAUAAUCACAAUUUUGAAUUGAUAUCAUCACGUGACAUCGAUGAUGCGGCUCAACGAUCGGUCGUUAAAAAUGAAUUGAAAUCAAGUUGCGGAGCCAGUGUUUCUGUCAACGCAAAAUUCGAUAACAAUUUCAGCACUCAAAAGAUUGAUUUUGCUGCCGACGGUGUUAUUGUAGUUGGACGUGGACAAAAACCAUUGAAAUUGGACUUUAAAUUUGUGCUCAAUCCAAAGAAUGCUCAAAGCAACGGAAAAUUGCUGGCCGACAAUGCAGAAGUCAUUUCAUUUAAUGCCGUUCUCAAUCGUAAUGAAGGCAAUGUCAACAAUCCAACCACCGCAAAAUUGGAUAUCAGUGUUCCAGAUUUUGUAUCGGCUCACGGUGAUUACAAUUCGUUGAAAGGUAAAGGUAAAUCGGAAUUCAUUGUAACAUUCCAGAAAUUCGAUCGUAAAGUUAAAGUUGUCUCCAAUUACGAACUUGGCGCCAAUAAAUUCGAUUUGCGUAACGAUUUCUACUACAAUUUCGAAAAGGAUAAUUCACGUCACGUGGUAUUCGAAACAAAGAAUAAAUAUCCAAGCAAUUCAUUCGAAAGCGUCAACGAAGUCGAUAUUAACGGCGAGAAAUUCCAUUUUGCAAUCGAUGGAAGCAAAACCGGUAGCUUCAAGAAUGGAAAACAAAAUGGCAAAUUCACAUUGCGUUUGCCAACACAACGUGAAAUUGUCGGUACAUUGGACCGUCAAGUAGAUUAUACAUCAGCAAAGGCAACCUUAUACAGUGUCGCUAAGAUUACCGACACCAUUGCACAGGGUGGACGCAAACAACGUUCAGUUGAAUUAAGUUACACAUUGAAAGAUGGAGACCGCGAAAAACGAUUGUUUGAUGUUUACCAAAAGCUUACACUCACCGAUUUUGAUUCAAAAUCAAUUGUUGUCGACACACAUUUCAGUCAUUUGCCAAAAGGUAGUUACAAAUCAGCUUUGGCCAAUGUUAAAGUCAGCGGCUCUGUUCCACAUCCAGUUGAACUAAACGUUGGCAUUGAUGAAUACGGCGCCGUCCAUGCUGUUUACAAUGCAAACUUUAAAUACGGUAAUGCUGGUGCGGUACAAUUGGAUGGUUCAUUCAAAGCACUCAAAAAUGAGGAGAACGCCUAUCAAACGGAAGCUGAAUUGAAGAUCGAUGGCAAAAAAUACAAAGUUUCAAAUGUUGUUGUUGCUUCACACUUGAGCCCAUCGUUCACUCUUGAUGUUUAUUAUCCACAAGAGAAACACUCACAGGUUGCUGUUGCUGUGAACCGUAUUGCUGAUCGCAAACAUAAAUUGAGCGUACGCUUGGUUAAUAUCAAUAGCUUACAAUUGACUGGUGACGUUGAAUUAUCUUAUCCAAGCGUUGAAAACUUUGGUUUGAUCAUUGAUUUGGAUUCGGCCGCGCUGAAAGCAAAUAAAUUGCACAUUGACAUUCAUUCAAAACAAAGUGGCAAUAAGAAAGGUAUCGAAUUCAGUGCAACUGAACAAAAUAAGAACAUUAUUAGCGGAACGGUCGAUUAUUCGGUGAAACAAGAAAAUGGAAAGGAAGACGCCUAUCAAACGGAAGUUGAAUUGAAGAUCGUUGACAAAAAAUACAAACUAUCAAAUGUUGUUGUUGCUUCAAACUUGAGCCCAUCGUUCACUCUUGAUGUUUAUUAUCCACAAGAAAAACACUCACAGAUCGCUGUUGUUGUAAGCCGUAUUGCUGAUCGCAAACAUAAAUUGAGCGUACGCUUGGUUAAUAUCAAUAGCUUCCAAUUGACUAGUGACGUUGAAUUGUCUUAUCAGAGCGUUGAAAACUUUGGUUUGAUCAUUGAUUUGGAUUCGGCCGCGCUGAAAGCAAAUAAAUUGCACAUUGACAUUCAUUCAAAACAAAGUGGCAAUAACAAAGGUAUCGAAUUCAGUGCAACUGAACAAAAUAGGAACAUUAUUAGCGGAACGGCCGAUUAUUCGGUGAAACAAGAAAAAGGAAAGAGCACUAUUGAAGGCAAAGGCAAUGUUAACUGGUAUGAUAAAUCAAGCGCACUCACCUUCCAAUUUGUACGCAGCACAUUCAAUCAAGCUGAAAACAACGAAACCGGAUUUAGUCUGGUGUUCAACGGUCAAAUUGGUCCAAAGAAUGUUCAAGCCGAAUUGAAAGCAACCAACCGGGAAUUCCAUUUGCAACAAACGAUUUGUGAAUCGGACAAACCAUGCGUUCACUUAAAGGUUACAUCGAUUUUAAGCGAUGUUGAUUGGAAACAUUUCACUCACAAUUUAUUGGUUACAUUUAAUUUGCGUUCACUUGGUUUUCCUCAUGAAUUCAACUUGAAGGCAGAUACCAAACGUGAUGGAUACUUCAUUGAACAUACAUUUGAUACACAAAUCCAAUCGGCCGAUCAAAAUAAAUAUCAAUUCAAUGCAUUCGUUAAACCAACAACGGCCGGUAUUGUGCUUAGCAUUCCAAAGCGAACGGCUGCCGUUGAAGCAACAUUUGCUUAUCCAAAAGAUGUUAUCGGUGUCUAUCAAGCAACUAUCACCAGCUACUUGGAUAAGAAAAACAAUCCAGGCAAACAUAGUACAAUCGGUUUCAAGGGUGAACUUAAACGUCCCGGCAAAAUGGCAUUCAUUGCAACCGGUGCUUUAGUCGCCAGUCAUCCAUCGGUCAAAGAAUUGAAAAUUAGCGGUGAAUCCGAAUUUAAUGCUGAUAAACGUUUGAUUAGCGGUAGCCUUACAUUUGACGUAUUUAAAAACACAAAUCAAGCUAUUGUUGUUGCUGCCAAGUAUGCCAAUAGCGAUUCGUCAUCAAAAGGAUUCAAUCUUACAUCGGAAUUGUCAUUGAAGAGUCAAGGACUUGGCUUGAACUAUGUAUUCCGCGAUAAUGCUGGUGUUAGCUUUGCUCGUCGUGCAGUCUCCUACACAUAUGAAUUCCGUGGCCCAACAGCAAAAGAACGGUUCGGCGUUUACUUGGUCGGCGAUCCAAAGAAGGUUGAUUUCAGCAUUGUUUUAUUCGACGAAGAAUUGGUGAAAGGUAGCGGUGAAGUGGAUGUUGCCAAAAAGACAGCAUCGAUUCAAUCAACUUAUAAACUAUUGGGAACCGAACCAAUUCAUUCGCAUGCCACCGCCUCAUUGAAUGCUUUCAAUGCAAAUAUCAAACAAGGAAACUUCUUCUCAAUUCAAGCCGAUGUUGCUGCUGCCAAAGCAUUGAGCUUCAAGGCAAUUGGAAAUCAAAAAACACUAUUGAACUUCAAUGUCGCAUUGGAUCAAGCUAAUCUUUUGUCAACCAACUAUGAUGUGAAUGACAAAGAAUUCAAAGAAUUCUUGAAAAGCGCCAGAACCAAGCUUGCCGAAGAUGCAAAACAAGCUCGUAAUGAAUUCGAAUCACGUAUUAACCAAGCCAAAAACUUAUUGACCACACAAGUGAACAGUGUCAAAGAAAAUUUGCCCGAUUUCUCGAAAUUAAACGCCGACUACAAAGAAGAAUUCGAAAAUUUCAGCGAUGACCUGUUGGCCGACAAAUCGAUCAAAGAAUUGGUUGAUCUAUUCAAACACACGUACGAAGCUAUAAACAAACCUGUUAGCGAAUUGUUGCGUGCUUCGAUCGAAAACUUCAAACAGGUCUCAAAAACAAUCAACGAAUUCUUUAAGCAAUUGUAUGAAGGAUUCAAUGAACGUAUAUUGCCAUCGCUUAAAGAAUCAUACAAUCACAUUGAACAAACACUAUCAAGUGUAUUCGAUGAAUUGUUCAGCUCGCUCGCACAUUUGUUCGAACGUUUGGUUGAAUCGCUCAAAAAAUUCGAAUAUGAUUUCAAAAAAAUCGGAAAAUCGGCCAGCGAAUGGUCAAAAGGAGCCGGCAAAGUACUUGGUGAACAAUGGUCAAUUAUUCAACGUGAACUUGAAGACAUUUACAAAUUGAUUUUCGAUCAUCUUAAAUCGUUGCCUGGACUUGAAGUCAUCAAGGAGAAAUACAAUGAACUCGUGCAAAGAAUACCAGUUAGCGAUGCUGAAGAACUUAAGAAAUUGGCUGAAAAACCAUUGGCCACAUUGAAAAAAUGGCUUGAGUGGACUCAAGAGCGAUUACAAUCAUUGGGUGUUGAUUCAGCCGACGAUUACUAUGGAUUACCAUUUGUGUGGUUCCAGAAGAAUAUACACUACUUCCCAAAACUCACCACCAUGAAACUCAGCAUUUUGAAUUAUGCAAUGCAUGAACCAUUGCCAUCGCUUAAAGAUGUGUUGCUCACUUACCGUCCAUACGCUUUCAAUCCAUUGUAUUUGGUGCCACCAUUCCCGAUCGAAGGUCAUGUUGUCGAAGGUGAACACCUGUUCACAUUCAGCGGUGAUCAAUUAACAUUGCCAGGCGCUGCAUGUAACUACGUACUUGCUAAGGAUAUUGUUGAUGGUAACUUUACUGUUCUUGCUAAAAUUGUUGACAAAAAAUUGCAAUCGAUCAGCUUGGUUGACAAGAGCGGCGAAUCAAUUGAAUUGGCUGCCAAUGGAAAAUUAUCGGUUAAUGAUAAAGCAAACGAAUUCCCAGUUCUUGAAAAAUCAUUGUACGCAUGGCGAACAUAUUACAGUGCAAGCUUGUAUUCAACAUAUGGUGUUCAAAUUUUGUGCGCAUUGGAUUUGAAGGUUUGUCACAUUACUGUCAACGGUUUUUACUUUAGCAAAUUGCGCGGUCUAUUGGGCAACGGUGGCUACGAACAAUACGAUGCCAAAUCGUUACCGAAUGGAAAGAUCUCAGAUAGUUCUUCACAAUUUGUCAAUGCGUAUAAAUUGGUAAACUCAUGCCCCGACGUAAGCAUUGAUGAACAACACAAGCAUUCCGAUGACGCCAAAAGUCCAGAAUGUGAAAAAGUUUUCGGUUCAUCAUCAUUGCGCUACGCAAGUUACAUUCUUGACUCAAAACAAUAUUUCGAGGCUUGUGAACAUGCUGUAAAGAGUGCAGCCAACAAACAACAAGUUGCCUGUAACGUUGGUUUCGGCUAUGCUUCAUACGCACGCUUGCAAAAUGUUCCAGUCAGCAUGCCAAGUAUUUGCCAAAAAUGUGAGGUCAUUGACGAUAACAAAAAUGUAAAUUCGUAUGAAAUCGGAGAACGAUACACAGUAGAUAGUGGUAAAAAAGCUGAUAUUGUCUUUGUAGUCGAUACGGCAAUUGAAUCAAAAUCGCUUACCGAUUUGGUGCAACAUUUCGUCACCGAAUUGCGAAAACAAUUGAAAAAAGAAUACGACGCACAUAUCAGUGUGAUUGGAUACAAAAAGGGUGAGAAAUAUCUCAGCCAUUAUACAACCGAUGGAAAAUUGGACGUUUCAAAUUUCCACUUGCCUAAGAACUUGGAAUACAUGCCUAAAGAAGAAAAAAUUGUAUCGCUCAACUGUAAAUACAUGGAUCCAAUCUUACAAACAUUAUACGAUACAAGCAUUAAAAUUCAAGAAGAACUCAGUCUAUUGGCCGAUGGUCGUGCAUUCCGCGAGGCUCUUAACUAUCCAUUCCGUUCAAAUGCCCAUCGAUCAAUUGUUGCCAUUCGGUCAGACGUUCUACAACACUCAUCGAAUCCGAUUAAAUUGCUCGGCGCAAAGGCUGUCAAUGAAAUUGCCAAAGGAAUGGGUAUCAAUCUUCAUUUGCUUGCGCCAACACCCGAAUUGAAAUUCGAUAACAACAAAGAGGUCAACAAUAUAGUUGGUUUCAGUGACAAACAAGUUUUGUAUUUGCCAGGCCAGAAAAAACACAGUGCGGAUCGUCAACAUUUGCAAUACGGUCUAGAUUUGGGAAUUGAUAUGGUUAGCGAAAAUCAUGGAUACGCAUUCAGUUUGACCAACUACAAUGCACUCGAUGCACCGAACCAAAAAUCAUUUGUGAAAAUCGCCGCACAACAUAUCGCUCAACAAAUCACUAAAACCGAAAGUGUUCACGAAUGUGUCUGUAUUCUCAACCAUGGCCUUUUCCCACGGGAAUAUUGCCGUGAAACUGAUAGAAACAUCAAAAAUCGAAAAUAGAUAGACGAAGAUUGAUUUGUAAUUUGUGAGAAAAAAAGAACAAACGAAAAAAUCUCAAAAAAAUGCCUUUUAGUCAGAUAAUUUCAUACAAUUAUUUUUUUUACCGAUGUAACAAUUAAAUUUCUUAUUUUUUCCUUUUCUCAUCAUUUUCUUUUUAUGUUUGAGUAAGUUUGCUUAGUGUCUCGUUUAUAAAGACUAUUGAUGAAAAAAUUGUAAUUAAACAAGAAUAAUAAAAUGAACAAAAAUGUUAUUUAGUUUUGGUUUAAA